GGUUCUAAUCGCAAAGCAACAGUACUUCUGAAAGAUGGAAAUGUGUCUAGUAUCAUAUGUAAAGGAAGCCCCAGAUGGCAAAAGUACCCAGUCUGUGCUUCAGAAUCCUGGCAUACGAACACACCAUUGUCCCAAGCAACUACAAGGCACUCAGGAUGUAAGGAAUGAUCUAACAGAAGGGGAAAGCAAACAGCCAUACAAUCCUUGUAAGGCAGAAAAGGGAAAAAAGAUUAAAAAGUGUAAAAAGGAAAAGAAGGCAAACUUUGGAUUAUGUAUGAAUGAUCCCCACUCAGGAAGGUCAUCAGCCUUUGAUCCUUACCAAACUACAUUCAUGCGUGACUUUGCUUAUCGUCCAGGUUCCGUAACUGAACCCAUUCGUCCUAAAUCAUCUAAUGGGUACACUUACCCAUAUCAGCUCCAUGAGCCUAUUGGUGACAGCUCAUAUUCAAAUGACUACGCCUGGAAAUUAAUUACCAGUCAGCAGCCUCUGCAAUGUAGCACUGGAUCCAGAAGGAAUGAACCUCAUCCAUGUGAUGUUUUGUGGCUAUGGAAACAGCUCAAGAAGAAUCCAGAGUCCUUCCCAAGAGUCAGCUCAUAUUUCCCUCACCCAAUGUCUUCUGAUGACAUCAGCAGAGUAAAGGCACAUCAAUAUGACACAAUAUAUCGGCAGGAUUACCUGGGACUACAACAAGAGUUCAAAUGCCCCCCCUGUGUGUCUAUCCAAAGAAUGGGGCAGCCAUGUCCUCCUCCCACAGAAAACCGAUAUCACUACAGAAAACCGAACCAAAAACCUGAGCUGGCAGUCUGCGCUUCUCGAUAUGGCAGCAAUAAACAAUGGAAAACUGCCGCAAAAGGAAUAGUGCCCAGGUUGACACAAGCACAUAUGAAAAACCAGGAUAGCAGCAAGCAUCCGACCACGUAUGAGAGAGAGUAUGGGAGUGCUGGUAUGGAUAUUACCAGUAUAUUAAAGUCCCUUGAACCAAAAGCAAUUAAAAACUAUCUGGAGUCACUUCCAAGUAAAGAGCGGGAAGUAUUAUUGCAAUUGUUAAGUAGUAUGACUCCAGGAAGUGAAGUAAACUAAAAGGGGCAUCCAGCUUCUUCAGCCAAUGCAAUGGAUCCAGGGUGACUAUCUGAACGGUCAAGCACAGCGCAAAGAGCCGUGAAAAUAAAUGUCACAACUUGAAAAUCUGAAGACCUGUGACUUAUUGUUUAUAGGCUGUCUGGAAGCCUCGGUGCA